CUUGUAUCCAGGUCAGUGUCCGCCCGUUGUGCUGCUAGCCCUGGCUUGAGGUUGUGACCGUGUCUGACAAAAACGGUCAGAGUGCUACUGCAGAUCUCUAAAAGCAGCAAGCAGCAAGCAGCACGGCCCGCGCCCCGAUAAAAAAAAAAGCGACCAGGAUCCCGGACACUGGCUUCCGCCCCCCUGCAUCACAAUCUCUCGCAGGCGCGCAUCUCGGCUUGUAGGAAACGGAAGCUUGCCUUGUCUAUUGUCUUUGACCCUAGUCUUCCCGUCGUCACCCUCACCGCUCCCGACCUUACCCGUCGCCGCUCUUGUUAUAAAUUGAUCCUUGCCUCUCUCGCAAUCAUCUUUGGCUUGGGCCAACUCAGAAAACCGGGCUGUUGACACCGCGUCUCAGUCGUGCUGCCCUCCACUGGCCGUUGUAAGCCCACUGUGGACUCGGCUAUAGCCUGCCUGCCUCGGGUCUCUCGGCUGCUGCUGUCCUGUAUGCUUCCCCAGGCAGCAGCACCAUAAACGCCGGACCCGCCGCAAUGGACAGCCCGGGCCACUUCGGGCCCCUGAUAGCGGCCGCCGGCCUCGGCCUUGUUGUUGGGCUCAGCGCGCCCGCCAUCAAGCACGUUGCCAACCGCCGUCGGCAGCCUUCGGCCCCCGACUCGGUCGACGCUUCUUCCGAGGCCGCGCCGCCGGUGUACUUGUACGAGGACCGGGAUGGCAAAGCCACCGAGCAGUCCAUGAAAGACUUUUCCGAUGCGUACCCCGGAGUCUCCGCCUGGGCCAGCAGCGCCGUUGGCUUGGGCUCUGCGAUCGCUGCCGCCGUUUUGCUUGCCGGCCGGUCCGGAGUUCCCCAUUCUAGUUUUGGGAUGCUCGCCCUCUUGGCUGACGCUAUUUCUUGGACCUUCCUCUGCGUGCAGUGUGCGAGCCUCCCCCUCAAACACCAGUACCAGACGAGGUACAGGCUGGUUCUCUACUCCUUGGGAGCAUCUGCCGUUCUUCUCGCCUCUCUCCUGGCCCGGUUUGGCGCCCCGGUUCUGCACAUGGCUGCCCAGGUUCGGAAGUCGACGCCCCUUGGGAGUGUGGUCCUGGGUGUGUGCUGGCUUGUGCAAAUAAUCGCGGCACUCGGAGCCGUGCUUUCGUUCGCCUCUUUUCGGCAGCGCCCGGACGUCUAUCACGAAGGCCACCUCGUAGACCAACAGCACACGGCUUCCAUCAUCCAGAGAAUGUCGUACUCGUGGAACAAGACCGUCUUCAGGGUCGCCAAGGAGCGGCAGUUGGAAAAGGCCGACCUUCCUGACCUCGAUCACACCAGGAGAUCCGCGAACCUCAGCUCCAAGUUCCUAGCUCGCCAACUCACGGGAAGGCUCUGGCGCCAGCUCAUCGUCGCACACUGGCAGAGGCUGGGCCAGCAGUGGGCCAUCAGCUUCGUCAUUAGCUCCCUCGCGCUUGUGCCACAAUAUGUCCUGUACAACUUCCUCGAGAUCCUGGACAAGCCUAGUACCAUCACGGGCGGCACAGACCCCAUCCUCUUCGCCUGGGUGCUGUGUUUGUGCGCGAGCCUGCUGCUUCAAGUAUGGGUCAACAGCGUCAUGCGCUGGCUAACCUCCUCUCGCCUCGAGUCUCCCGUACUGUCUCUGCUUCAGUCCAUGGUAUUUAAGAAAGCCCUACGCCUGAAAGAGACGGCGUCUCCGCCUUCCAAGCCCUCCACCGAUGGCACAGGCAACAGCGACAGCAAGUCCAGCUCGGUAGACACCCGAACCUCCAUCGUCAAUCACAUGAAGUUAGACAGCAGCAGAACCGUCAUGGCGGCUUCCUGGGGGUACAUGUUCCCUGUAGCGUUAUUCAAGCUUGCUCUCUCGGGAACGUUUCUGGCACAGCUGGUCGGCUUCAAGAGCCUCGCGGCCGGCCUUCUAUCAUCCCUUCUCGUUCUCCCCAUCAGCCAUCUACUCUCCAAGAGAUACGCCAAGAUCCAGUUUGGCCUCAUGAAGUAUCGUGACGGCAAGGCCCACCUGCUCACCGAGGCUCUUCAGGGAAUGCGCCAAAUCAAGUUCUCGGCACUCGAGCAGCACUGGGAGGACAAAAUCCUCAAGAGCCGCGAGGAAGAACUGGCCCAGUUCUGGAUUGUCAACCUAUGGAUGAGCCUCACGGCCCUGGUCCUCAACCUCGGGCCGCUCCUGCUUUCGUCUGUCACACUUGCCGUCUACGCCUUCACCACCGAGGGUGGCAUCAGGGCAUCGGUCAUCUUCGCCUCGCUCGGCCUAUUCGACCAGCUAGACGAGGCAAUCCAAUACCUUCCCCUGAUUCAGGUCUACAUCAUGGAGGCGUGGACAAGCUGUGUACGGAUCGAGAAGUUUCUCGGCCAGCCUGAAAAGGAGCCCAUCUCCACCGCCCACGACCACAUCGCCUUUGAAAGCGCGACCUUUGCUUGGCCCAAGUUCGAGGAGGUGGAGGGAGAAGGUGCAGAGCCUCUGGAGGCUAGGUCGGUGCUCAGAGACGUCACUCUGGACUUUCCUUCCCAAGGGCUGAGCAUAAUCACGGGCAAUACGGGCUCGGGCAAGAGUCUUUUGCUGGCCGCGAUACUGGGAGAAGUCACCCUCAUCUCGGGCAAGGUCCGCACACCACCCGCCCAGCAGUCGAUUGAAAACUUGGAGCACAUUGCCGAUAGCGACUGGAUCAUCCCGGAACUCACAGCGUUUGUGCCGCAAACACCCUGGAUCGAGACCGGUACCGUACGAGACAACAUUCUGUUUGGGCUCCCGCUGAAUGCCACACGGUACGCAAAGGUCCUGGCUGCUUGUGCGCUGGAAAAGGACAUGGCUCUCUUGGUAAAUGGAGACGGGACCGAGGUCGGACCCAAGGGCGUCACAUUGAGCGGCGGGCAGCGGUGGCGAGUGGCUCUUGCACGAGCUCUUUACUCGCGGGCCGGGAUACUUGUUCUUGAUGAUGUGCUCAGCGCUGUGGACGCCCACGUCGGCAAAAUCAUUGUCGAUCAGGCCCUUGCUGGCGAGCUGGCAAACGGCCGCACCCGUAUUCUGGCCACCCACCACGCCGAGCUGUGCUUGCCCAUCGCCAGCUAUCUGGUCCGCCUCCACGAGGGGCGCCUGGAGAGCGCCGAAACGCUGGCGGCGACGCCCACCAAACCUACCCCCGUUCUCAAGAGCGACGCGUCCUCGCACGUUACGGGCCUGAGCAGCAGUGACGGGAUGACAGUCUCGGACCACCAAAGUGUCUCGGCGCUGACUACGCCAGAAGACAGCGAUGGCGAGCAGCAGGACAAGAAGUCCGAUAAGCAAAAGAACAAGAAGAAGGAAGACGAGGAGGGGCGCGAGAAGGGGAGGGUAAAAUGGACAGUCUACAAGGGUUACCUCUCGGCAAGCAACACCGUCAUACUCUGGCUCGGAGCCCUGCUGCUGAUAUUUUCCGGCAGAGUCAUACUCGUUGGCAGAACCUGGUCGCUCAAGGAGCUUUCCAGCAGCGAGCCCAGCGCCUCUGCGGCCAGCCUUGGGGCUGGAAACGUCAGUGGCGGAGGCUAUGCCCACGGGUCCGGCCACGGGCAGGUGUACGUUCAGAACCCCAUCAUGUACACUCCGGUCUUCCAGCAACAGCAGCAGCAGCAGGCGGGUGGCCAUCGUUCGGUUGCCUUCUGGAUCGGGGCCUACAUCGUCCUCGAGCUGGCUGCCGUGCUCUGCGGCAUCGGGAGGCUGCUCGUCUUCACGGCGAUUGGGCUGAGAACAGCGAGGGUUCUGUUCCGCCGCAUGACCCACGCCAUCCUCAGGGCACCUCUCAAGUGGAUCGACACGGUGCCCUCGGGCCGCAUUCUCAACAGGUUUACCUCGGAUAUUUUCACUGUCGACCGUAGGGUGGCGGCAGAUCUGGGGUCUUCACUUACGUCUGUGCUCACCGUGGUCACCAUCAUCGCGACAAGCUUGUCUGUCUCCAAAUAUGUCAACAUGUUUGGUCUGGUUUUGCUGGCACUCUACGCAAGGAUUGCGAUGGAGUACAUCUCGGCGGCGCGCGAGGUCAAGAGGCUCAACUCGGUGGUCUGGUCGCCCAUCUAUGACCAGUUUUCCUCCGUCUUGACCGGUCUCUCUACCGUCCGAGCCUUUGGCAGGACCGACUUCUACACGAAUCGCAUGCACAACCUAAUCGACACGGCCGCCAAAACGAGCUGGGCGCUGUCGCUUUCCCAACGAUGGAUGGCGUUCCGGAUGGGAGUGCUAGGUGUAUUCUUUGUCACGACGGUGGCCGCAGCUGUGGCAUUGGGCCACGUCGAUGCGGCGCUCGCCGGCUUCAGCCUGACCUUCGCUCUAAGCUACACGAGUGCCCUGACCGGGCUCCUGCAGAAUAUGGCCUCUAUCGAGCUCGGCUUCAAUGCGACCGAGAGGGUGUUGGAGUACUGUGAUCUGAAGACGGAGCCCCAAGACGGCGAGGACGCGCCGGCGGCUUGGCCAACCGAGGGGCGGAUCGAGGUGGAAAACCUCACGGUUGCGUACAAGGAGGAGCUCCCGCCUGUGCUCAAGGACCUGACGUUUACCGUCGAGUCCGGUGAGCGGAUCGGGAUUGUAGGAAGGACCGGAGCCGGCAAAUCGACCUUGGCAUCGGUGCUGUUCCGGCUGCUGGAGCCGCGGGGAGGCUCGGUCCGCAUCGACAAUGUCGAUAUUUCUAAGCUGAAGCUGUCACAGCUCCGGAGCAGGCUGGCCAUCAUCCCCCAGGACCCGUUCCUGUUCUCGGGCACAUUACGUUCGAACCUGGAUAUGGAGGGCGAGAUGGACGACUACCAGCUCCAGGUGGUCCUGCAGCGUGUUCAUCUUGUCAAGCCAGAGAGCCCCGACGCAUCUCGCCCAUCGGCAUACCCGCUCGUCCCGUCACCCGACGGCAGCGCCCCGGCCGAGGCUACCACUGGAGGAGAUGAGGGCGUGGGCAACGCGUUCAAGGACCUCUCCAUGUCGAUAUCGACGGGCGGUGCCAACCUUUCCCAGGGCCAGCGGCAGCUCGUGUGUCUGGCCAGGGCGCUGCUGUCGCGGCCCAAGAUUGUGGUGCUGGACGAGGCGACGUCGGCGGUGGACCGGGGCACGGACGCAGCGAUCCAAGAGUCGCUGCGCGAGGACUUCGUGGCGGCGGGUUGCACCGUCUUUGUGAUUGCACACCGGCUCAGCACGGUAGCCGACUUUGACAAGAUCCUGGUCCUGAAGGACGGGCGGAUAGCGCAGAUGGGCACGCCCGCGGAGAUCCUGCGGGCGGGCAUGCAGGCGGCGGAGGAGGAGAGCGGCCAAGGCUCGGAGCCGCGCCCCGACGACGCCGGGGACGGUGCGGAUGAUAGGGCGUUCUGGGAUCUAGUGCGGAAAAGCUCUGAAAAGGAAAAGUUGGUGGAAAUGAUUCUAGGUGAGAAGGCGUGAGGAUAUGUCUGGGUAUCUAGUUGGGUAGAGUCAUGCGAUUCUCAUAAGCCUUGGACGUCUCCCUUACCCCAAGACAUCUGGG